CACCACUUAGUAGGCCACGCGUAUCGCCUGAUUAAAAAGAGAAUGUAUAAAAUAGAAGUCUAGCAGGGAAUUAACCCACUGGUUGCUAGAGAAGGUUGUAACGCAAGUAUGCGAUGUUACAGCCAUCUCAGGCAGCCAAAGGUUAAAUAAACUCAUAGCGUUGUAAAACAGGUAUGUCCUCCCUCACCUGCUCUAGGGUGUGGUAAAGAUGAGGAAGCAGGAAUGACACCCAAAUACUUCUCUGCACAUUGUCAGCAGAAUAGCUAGAGAAAGGCUGGUGCUGGUGAUUACUCUACAAUGAAUAAUCCAAUACCAUCGAACUUGAAGUCUGAAGCCAAAAAAGCAGCAAAAAUAUUAAAAGAAUUUACAGAAAUUACUUCGAGAACAGGACCAGAUAAAAUAAUCCCACCCCAUAUUAUAGCUCAAGCUCAAGGUCUUGCAAUUUUGUCUGUUAUAAAAGCUGGAUUUUUGGUGACUGCACGUGGUGGAAGUGGAAUAGUACUAGCUCGCCUUCCAGGUGGAAGUUGGUCUGCACCUUCAGCCAUUGGUGUAGCAGGACUUGGAGGCGGUUUUGAGAUAGGAAUUGAAGUGUCUGAUUUAGUUAUUAUACUAAACCAUAAAAGGGCCGUUAAAGCUUUUGCAAAAGGGGGCAAUCUGACGCUUGGAGGAAAUUUUACUGUGGCUAUGGGCCCUCUGGGGAGAAAUUUAGAAGGGGAUCUUGCAAUAAGAAGUUCUGCAGCUGUAUACACAUAUUGCAAAUCACGUGGACUGUUUCUAGGAAUAUCUUUAGAAGGAUCUGCUUUAAUUGAACGAAAAGACACUAAUCGGAAAUUUUAUUGUCAAGAGGACAUUCGUGCAUAUGAUAUUUUAUUUGGGGAUGUGCCGUGCCCUGAACAAGCAAAUGAACUGUAUGAAAUUCUUGAGUCUUUCACUGAAACAUAUGAAUAUGAAGAACAGAAUCGUAACAUGAGAAAAGCGGCCAGAGAACAAAGAGAACAAAGACGGGUCAGACAGAGUACUUCAAGGCCCAGACCACAGUCUUUUCCAGCCGCAAAUGGAAAUGAAGGAAGUUCAAGAAGUGAAAGGAUGACUGCAACAGCAUUAUAUCCAUUUGAAGGACAACAUCCAGGUGACCUGAAGUUCCAAGCUGGGGACAAAAUUACUGUUAUAACAAAUACAGAUUUACAGUUUGACUGGUGGGAAGGAAAAUUAAAAGGAAAAACUGGUAUUUUUCCAGCCAAUUAUGUCCAGUUGAACUAAUUGUAAAAACAUUGUGUUUCUCAUUUUCAUUGUUGUGAGUACACUGGAUUUGUAAAAACAAAAAGUUAUACAUCUGUUAUGUAGGAUUAUGUAGGAUUCUUAGAAUAAUUAAAUUAAUUAAAUGUUGUACCUUUUUAA